AUGGCGGUGGCCGCCGCUCUGGGUUCCCUGGCCGCGGUGGCCCUGGGCACCUUCGUGGUGGCCCAGCUGCUGCGGUGGUUCUGGGAUGCGCUGGUGGCUGUCACCCGAUUCCGGGCCACUUGUCGCCAGCUGAACAAGUUCCCCACCCCGCCCUGGCGCAAUUGGCUGCUGGGACACACCGGCAUGGGCCAGAGCACAGAGGAAGGCCUGCAGCAGGUGGACACCUUGGUGGCCCGGUACCGUCAUGGCUGCCUGUGGUGGGGACUUCCCUGGCUGCCCAUCCUGCGCCUCUUCCACCCCAGCACCCUUCGGCCACUCCUCAGUGCCUCAGCUUUUGUGGCCCCCAAGGACAAAACUUUCUAUGGCUUCCUCAAGCCCUGGCUUGGGGAGGGGCUGCUGCUGAGCGGCGGGCAGCGCUGGGCGCGGCACCGGCGGCUCCUGACCCCCGCCUUCCACGGGGAUGUUCUCCGGACUUACCUGGGGAUCUUCAACCAGAGCACCCGUGUGCUGCUUGCCAAGUGGGGGGCAGCAGCAGUGGCAGCUGCUGGGGGGCCGGUGCAGAUGGAGGUGCUGCAGCCCCUGAGCCUGCUCACCCUGGACACCCUCCAGAAGUGCAUCUUCAGCCAUGAGAGCCACUGCCAGGAGCGGCCCAGUGAGUACAUCCAGGCCAUCCUGGAGCUGAGCUCCUUGGUGGUCCGGCGCCAGCUCCGGCCACUCCUCCACCCAUGGUGGCUGUACAGACUCUCCUCUGAUGGCCGGCGCUUCGCCCGUGCCUGUGCCACCGUCCACACCUUCACCGCUGAUGUGGUGCAGCGCCGGCGCCGCGCACUUGCCCACCUGGGCCACCAGGCCUGGCUGGAUGGCCACCGGGGACGCAGCAUGGACUUCAUCGACCUCCUGCUGCUCACCAAGGAUGAGAAUGGCCACACCCUCUCGGAUGAGGACAUCGCGGCCGAGGCUGACACCUUCAUGUUUGAGGGCCACGACACCACGGCCAGUGGCCUGGCAUGGCUCUUCUACAACCUGGCCGGCCACCCUGAACACCAGGAGCGGUGCCGCCGAGAGGUCCAGGAGCUCCUGGCCGGCCGGGACACUGCAGACAUUGAAUGGGAGGACCUGUCCCAGCUGCCCUUCACUACCAUGUGCAUCAAGGAGAGCCUGCGGCUGCACCCUCCUGUCACUGCUGUGUCCCGGCGCUGCACUGAGGACGUCCCCCUGCGUGACGGCCGUGUUAUCCCCAAGGGGGUCAUCUGCCUGAUGAGCAUCUACGGGACCCACCACAACCCAGAGCUCUGGCCUGAACCUGAGGCAUUCGAUCCCCUGAGGUUCAGCCCAGAGAACAGCAAGGGACGGAGCCCGUCGUCCUUCAUCCCCUUCUCUGCUGGCCCCAGGAACUGCAUCGGGCAGAGCUUUGCCAUGGCUGAGAUGAAGGUGGUAGUGGCACUGACCCUGUCCCGGUUCAUGCUGCGGAGGGACACGGCGAGGCCACCCCCGCGCCGCAAGCCUGAGCUGAUCCUGCGUGCUGAGGACGGGAUCUGGUUGCUGCUGGAGCCACUGGUGGGAAUGUCCUGA